AUGACUGUCAAGCCUCUAUUGCCUCUCUUCCCAACAGCAGAUUCCAAAUUGACACCAAAUGAUGUUACAGUGAUUAUACCUACCCUUGAUGGCUGUGAAAGAGAAGCACUCGAGUUGAUUCUCACAAACAACCCAUGCGAGGUCAUUCUGAUAACUGUGGAGGAGAACCGGAGACAGGUGGAGGAAAUAGUUGAUGGCAUUGUCAACACUAUGCAACCACGGCCUGAAGUUUGUGUGAAAGCUGUGAAGACACCAAACAAAAGGAACCAGAUGGUGACUGGAAUUCGAGCAGCAAAAAGCAAGAUCAUUGUCUUUGCUGACAAUGAUGUUUUCUGGUCCCAGCAGCUUCUCCGAUGGAUCAUCGAGCCAUUUAAGAAUAACAGCAGAAUGGGGGGAGUUGCCACAUGCCAAUGA